AUGUCCUACUUUAUGUCUCCACAAACUCAUCUGGGUCUUCUGCCUUCUGGCCAAGGUGGGGCUGUUUCUCCAGGCUCCUCCCUUGGUCUGUAUAGCCCUGCAGAGCCAGUGGUGGUGGCCCCUGGUGGGCUUGGCCCACUAAACCAGAAAGCUGAGCAACUGGCACCUUCUGCCCAGGCCUGGGGUCCAGCCCUGGCCGUGCCGGAAGCUAGGGGCUGCCCUGGGGGGGCUAGCUGGGAGCCACUGUGCCGGAAGGAGUAUGGCCAAUACUGCCACAAAUUCCCCCCUGUGAGACAGCCAGAGAGCUUGGACUGGAAGAAUGGCUGCUCUGGAGGCAGAGUGUCCCAGCCGGGUGGCUCCAGCCGGCCUGGGCCCCUGCUGCUAUACCAGCUGCCAACAAGGAUUCCACAGGCUUCCUCAGAAUCAGGGGGGCAGGAAGCCCGUCCACAGCCUGACAUCUGCAUCUUAACCUUGGCCAUGAUGAUCGCUGGUAUCCCCACUGUGCCUGUGCCAGGCCUGCGAGAAGAGGACCUGAUCCGGGCAGCUCAAGCUUUCAUGAUGGCCCACCCAGAGGGAGCGGUGGAAGGCAUGCAGUGGGGGCAAGUGCCCACCCAUGUGGCUUCUGGGCAGAUGCCCCUAGUGAGAAACAGGAGGGGCCUACCUCCCAGCGCUUGCUUGUAG